UGCUCCGGCCCGCUGUCGCGAGAUGGCGGUAGUCGUAAGUCAGACGUUGUUGUCGCGCGCCGCAACGCUUCCGCGGCGGUCUCGGCGGGCGGUCCUCGUAGUACCGAUACGCGCGCGCAUCACGCUCGUCUCGUCGCGGUGCUGUCUCUCGUCGCGCGCGUCUCUUCCUCCUUGUGGAUCGUCGCGCCGUCAUCGUCGUCGCCGUCACCGCCGCCACUGCCGUCGCCGCCGUCGCCGUAGUGUCGCAGGUAAAACCGCUGGAAAAGCGCGAAGGGGCGAUGGAACGCGCGCCGUCGAACAACGCCACGAGCCCGCGCACGCGUGCACGCGCGCCGUACAUCGCGAACGGCAACAACUCGCGCGACAAUUCUUGACACUUCCGCAAAAUGGGAGUCCCCUCGCGGUGCCGCUCGCCUUCCGAUUACGCGCCGUGAUCCAUCUCCCAUCUUCCUCACUCCGUUCGCACUCUUCUUCUCCUUUCUCGCCGCUUAUCGGCACCAUAUCUCCUCGCCAUCUUAUUCGCGAGCAUCCCGCGACGCAUACCUCGGACGUCUCACGUCUCUUUCGGCUCACUCGCUCCUCCCCUCAUCAUCCUCCGUCGUUUUCGCGUUUCCGUCAUCGUUAUUUCUCGCGACCACAACGCGAGGCGACGCGACGCACCAGUCGCGCGCAGUGCGAAACUUUCGAACGCGCGCGUUCGCCCGGCUCGCCACGAUUCGUCGCGCGUCGUCACGCGCGGCACAUUCGAAGCGCCGUGCUGCACCGCUACCACCUUCGUCCCGCGACGAUGGACGAGUCCGGGGUCGACAUGGGCUUCGACCUGACGGCCGCACUGACCGCCGAUCUCACCGCCCACCAUGUCGCCACCCUCGGCGAUUACGACUUUGAGCAGACCCUGUCUCUCCUGUCGACUUCCACCAAGGAUUUGAUGUACUAUGAGCUGAAAAGCCGUGCUCCUGACACUGCCAGCCCGCCGACGUUCAAAACAGCGACGCCGACGUCGCGCACGCAAUUGAAGCUGCAGCUGAUGCGGGAGCAGCUGCAUGAGCAGGAGAGACGAGAGGCGGAAUUCCGGCAGAGCUUGCAGCAGCAGAGGCCAGCUGCCGCACCGCCCAGACCAGUGCCACCUACGCCAUUGCCCACCAUUGGCGUGGAUGUGCCGCCGCAAGUAUUGCAAGUGCGGACGUUGUUGGAAAAUCCGACGCGCUACCACGUGGUGCAGAAGCAGAAGAAUCAGGUGCGCCAGUACCUGCACGAGUCGUUUCGCGGGGGUGGCGACGGCGGCAAUGCGGUCGUCGGCAGCGCCGGCAGCGAGGGCGGCAGGACUCCAGCCGACGCCGGGCCGCCGCCCGUCCCAAUGGUGGUGCAAAGUGCACCGCCCGGCCCGCAGCUGCAUCACCCGAAGCCGCAGCAUCCUCAUCUCGCCUCGUACCCGCACGCCCCCGCGCUGCUGUCGCACGGUAACCCCGUGGUCUCGGCCAGCCCGGACCCCGCCACCGGCGCCAUGUCUCCGGGUCUGUCCAGCGUCGCCACCAGCAACUCUGAGGCUGAGGACCUCCUGGACGACAUCCUGUCGUUCGAGGCUGGCUCCUUGGGUGACGGAUUGAAGGACGGCCAAGCUGGCAGUCUAACGAAUAUACCGGAGCUUCAAAUUAAGCCGGAACCUCUUCUGCUUACCGAGGCGGAGAUCCACGCCCUUGCAAAGGACCGACAGAAGAAGGAUAACCACAACAUGAUCGAGCGACGGCGGCGUUUCAACAUCAACGACAGGAUCAAGGAGCUCGGCACCCUCCUGCCUAAGACCAAUGACCCGUAUUACGAGAUCGUUAGGGACGUCAGGCCGAACAAGGGUACGAUCCUCAAGUCCUCGGUGGAGUACAUAAAGUUACUGAAGAACGAGCUCACGCGGAUGAAGCAGAACGAGCUCAGGCACAAGCAACUGGAGCACCAGAAUCGACGGCUGCUCCUGCGCGUGCAGGAGCUCGAGCUGCAGGCGAAGGCGCACGGACUUCCGAUCUCGGACUUCAACUGGGCGUCGACAUCCGUGACUAUGCUCAACAGCUUCUCGAGGAGUAAACUCGAGCAACGGAAGGUACACAUGCCAGACCUGGUGGUAGAGGAGGCGACGAGCCUGAGCAUGUCGCAGUUGGAGGACCUCAUGGAGGACGACACCGGUGGUCCCGUUCACGGCGGCGACCCGAUGCUGUCGUCGCCGCAUCUGCCACCGCUGAGCCCACCUGCGGCCGCCUGUCAUCACGGCUUAGCCGACGAGGACACCCUGGGCAGUCUGGCGGUGACCACGUCGAAUUCCUCGUCCGACAUGGACAUCGUCGCGUAGCCAAGAAGAAACACCGUCCUCUGUCCGUCCUGCCUCCUCGACUCCUUCGCGGAUCGCGCACUUCCGCUUCCGAAAACUUUGCCUCAUGAAUUUUCCAGUCGGCGGCGGUCGACCGAGGUGAUUGAUUUAGGUUUACGCGGUGAGAACGGAACAGUGCCGGUAUGUGACGCGCGAGGCGACGACCCGAGGAAGGCAGCGUCAGGAUGCCGUUGCAACGUCGUAGAUCUUCAUCGUGGCACGGGCAGGGAAUUCGCGCGGCUCCAAUUGGAUUUUAUUGGAGCGAGCGCGCUGAUGCGGAUUUAUCUGAAACUAGUCAUCGACUCGACGUCGGGGAGGAUCUUUCUUCACCGGCGGAUCGGCCGCGGGAAUGAAGACGGAUGCGUGCAGACGGACUGGAUGUUACUUGCUGUUUGUGUUUGAGGGAAAUCGUCCCGAAUACCCUCCGAUCGAUCGGCCGAGCGAGAACGGGUUCCGCUUGUGAGAUCCACACGUCGAGAACGCAGUCAUUGUGUCGGCACAAUCGACUUGAGAGGGAACAGGUGUAUUCUUCCGGGACGGAUAUUCCUUCGGACGUCCGGCGCAGAGGAAUGUAAUUACAAUCCGGCCGAUCGAUCCAAGGACAAAUCAGAAGACUGGAACCACGGUUCAAAUGUUCCCACGCGGGCAUCGUAAUGGUUGGCUCGCUCUCAACCAUGAAUACAUACUCAUCAGGCUAUGGAUACCGGCUGAUUAUCACACCGAUGAUGCCCGUAAUCAUCCGAGAUGUUCCCAGUGAUUAUCGAUUGUUGCGAUGUUUGGUCCCUCCCUUGCGGAAUAUCCCUCCUCACGUGGUACAUCAACGAGCGGCUCGAUCGCUUUCUCAUUAAUCACGAGCAGCAAGGGCGCCCUCGGAGGGAGAGAGAGAGAGCGCCCCUUUCCAGCCGGUGAAUUAGCGAGAAAGUCCCGAAGGUAAUUUGCCGCGACAAGGACGCGUCAAGUUCGCGUUCUCGUGUCCUUGAAGAGACAGCGUGAAGACGGCCAGGCAGACGGACAGGCGGACGGACGUUGGUCGGGUUCUUUCGGAUCGAUGACGAGAUCGAGCGUAUUCGUCAGCCGAAGGGGCCGGAGUCUCUCCAAGUGGCGGUGAAAGUUACGAUCGGGCGACGGAGGAGGAGUUCAGGGUCGUCCCAGUUACGAGGAACCGGGGGCUCGUUGUCACGAUUCUACGAACGGCUGGCCGUUUACAUCGAUGGAAUGCGUGACGUUUGCCGUGCGUUGUAUUAUGUCAGUGCACCGAAGGACGCGCUCCUAUAUCGCGCAUGAGCCGAGCCUAAACUUUCGCGAUACUUAUCGCCAGUGAAAAUUCUUAUCGACUGUUCGAGGACGGCGCAGCCGUCGUCCUCGUCGUUGCUCCGUCGUCCUCAUCGUCAGUGGACGCACACACUGCACUCGCAGUGCGUCGUAGACGAUGACGAGGGAUUUUAUCAUGAGGAACGGGCAACGUCUUGUCGUAAAAGUGCUAGCAAUUAGUUCAUCAUGAUAUUACUCGAUCGUACUCCUCUGUAUCGAUCAGCGGUCACCCGUCGAGAAAUUAUUUCGCGAGAAAUUAUUAGGUCGCGAGUGUUUGCGAGGUGCGUCGAGAGGAUGGCAGCCGGGAGAUGGAUAUUUUUGUAAUAAAAGCCUUCUCUCUCCCGGCAUCCCCGACGGAGGGCGUAAUCGCGCCAGAUUCGCGAGAGAACGCAACGUCGCUCUGCUUCGUGGAGACGCGGGCAAGCGCGGGACUCGAUUUCGGGAGCGAAAUCGCGCCGUCGCGGGCCAAAGUGUCGCGAUUACGCGACAAACGAACGAUGGCAGGGCGAGUCGUCGGCGACACAGUGUUUUAAGGUUCAAUUUAAUCUUCAGUUUACCCAAGUAGCGAUAAAUUUGAUAUCGACCCCGGAUCGAGCGCCUUCGUGGAAAGAACCGAGAAGAAAUAUAUUUUCGGAAAUAUACCCUUCGAUUUCAGUAUUA